AUGUCUUUAGAUUGCCAUUCUUUUCGUGUUAUUUAUGAGAAUGAAGAUUUAGUUGUUGUUAAUAAACCCCAUGAUGUCCCAAUGGAUGGAGAUGAACACCCCGUAACAGUGGAGAGAUGGGCAUUAUCACACCGGGCGAAUACUAGUAGUGAUAAUAAUAAUAAUAAUAAUAAUAAUAAAAACAAUGGGAAUCUCUCUUCAAAGGAGAGUGGAGCACCAACGGAUGGGAAGAAAAAAGUAAAGUUCGUUCAUCAAUUAGACUACGCCACAAGUGGAGUGUUGUGUGUAGCCUUCUCAAGAGAAAUGGCCGCACGUCUCUCUCAUUGUUUUGAAAUGCGAACAACACAAAAGGCAUACUUGGCUAUCCUGCGAGGCAUAAUACCACCACUGAGUAAAGAGAAUUGUAAUAGUGAAAAGAACAGUAUUUCUGCUGGUGUACAGAUGCAUAGGGAAUUACCGUAUUCGAAUGCUGUUCGUGUAGUGAGAGUUGAUGAAUUACCUAACGCUGACUUUAUUCGUAGAUGUGUAAAUGAUGCAAAUGAUAACAAUAACAAAGAGAAGAAGAAGAAGGAUAUUCAUAAUACUCAUAGUAGUGAAAAGAACCGCAAUGAUGAUAUUUCAUUAUCAUCAUCUUCUUCUUUUCAUCUUCUUGCGAUAGAUCUCCCUGUGGGAUAUGAUGAUAGUGAUCCUGGUGGAUUUCGUAUGGCGGUGAAUGGCCGAGAUGCACGUGAGAGUUUAACAUAUAUGUAUAUUCUCCAGCGAGGAUAUAUACAGCAUCCAACAGAGAAGUGUACAGUUGUGCCGGUCACUAAAGUUAUUCUCAUCCCACGAACCGGACGUCGACAUCAACUCCGUGUACAUUGUCAUGCUCUUGGAUUUCCUAUUCUUGGCGAUGUGACUUACGAUGCGGUUUCAUCACCCCAAAUUGUAGAGAUGAUAAGAACAACAACAACAACAAAAGAAAAAGAAAAAGAAAAAGAAGAAGAAGUAAUAGAAGGAGGAAAUGCAGCAGUAGUGAGAGAAUAUGGUAGUGAAAUUAUGGAGAGUAAUGUAGGAAUAAAUGCGAAUACUUGGGAACGAAUGAUGUUGCAUGCAUGGCGUCUUUCAUUUCCUGUAAGUGUGGAAUUACUGCGGUGUGGAAUAGAGCGAUAUAUGCAGAAAAGAAAGCGACGGCGUGUGAGAUUGGGUUUAGAGGCAGCGGAAGAUAAAGAAGGACCUGCAGAGUGGACACACUUUAAGACAGAGGAUCCUUUCAAAGACUACAUUUCUGAAUCACCAUGA